AUGGAGCCAACGCUCCCUCAAGGUCUGGUAACUAUGGCUGCUAUGCCUGCUACCGAGGGGUUGCGGCAGGAGAAGCUGGAAAGCGCUGUUUACAAGAAAUUUUGGCAAGCCUACAGCACAUCCAAUCUUGCCAGCAAGGACCAAACCGAUUCUCGCCUGGAGCACCUUUUCUGGAGGAUCUGGGGCAACAAGCACCUCUCAGGAAACUUGAAUCUCCACGCCCUAGACCGCCUCAUCCUGCGCAUUAAAAAGACACCAGUCCUGCUGGGACAAAAGGUGGAAGUGAAACAAUCGGAGCCUGCAGUAAUCAAAAAGGUACCAACAUUAUUCGUCCCAAUCUCUCACUUUCACACUCACAUUAACCAAUCGCAUCAGCCCGUGAGCCAGGGACUCUGCGAAAACGGAGCAUGCUCAUUUCACUCCAUACUAAAGAAGCCGCGGCCUAGCCAGAGUGAAAUACCCAAGAAACCCCGUCUGGCAAUCUUCGCACCUUCAGGUGAACAAAUCACACGAAACCCCUCCAAUCCCCCAACCCCCAUCAUGACCGAACCAACUCCAGAAGGUCCAUCGCGACAGGGUUCGAAGAAGACCUACCUCGCGGCAACCCGCAACGGCCGCGGCCCGCGCCGCCGCCCCGUCUUCAACCGCCGCAAGUCCUCACAGAGCACCCUCCCAAAGACAGCUCCUCCUCUGCGCCGCCGCUCAGAGCCAGCUGGAGCAACCAAUGCCACUCCGGACUCCUACAUCGAGCUCGGCCAGCUGCAGCACAUGAGCUUCCGCGACGAAGAUGAGGAGGACGAAAUCGUCCGCGACAUUGCGCGCGAGAUCGCACCCAAGCCAAAGCCCAUCAAGCCAAACACCCCCCAAUUCGACGAUGAGUUUCUCGAAGGUGAUCCCGCUCUAUUGCAGGCUAUGAAGCCCGGCUGUGUCGACGGGGGUAUCCCCUUCCCCCGCGGUUCGUCUUUGCGUCACCCCAUGCUCGCCCCGGAAAGUUACACGCAGGCCCUGAACCCGUCAUUCAACCUGAACUCAUUCGACGCCCGCGGCGGCCCAGACCUGGCUGUUCCAACUUGCGAGGCCGAUGCCGAGUGGACUGAUGUCGACGCUAUCGAAACCACUCUUCCGGUCCUGCACCCUUUCAAGAAAGCCGUUUCGCCCCAGGAGCCUUCUAUCGAGGAACGUGCGAAGGGUCCUUCGGAUCUUGGAUCUCCUAUUGUUACUGUUUCGGUUGGGCAGGAUGAUUCACUGUUGACUCAUGCCGUAGAAAGAAUCAGAUUGUGA